AUGGAUAGGGACUGCAGGCAGGUGGAAUUGCAACUGUGCGGAGCCGGUUGGACGACGACAUCGAUGAUAUCAGCGUCUUCUCAGGAAUGGAUCAUCGUUGAGUCCUGCACCCCGGGACAGUUCCAUUUGAUUGCAAGACACAGCAAACUAUGCCUCGAUCGUUCCAAUAAUGCUACGGAACUCGGGGCCAUGAUUCAGUGGACUUGCCACUGGCGCGACAACCAGCGCUUCACAAUCUAUGGAUGGAGUCAGCCAGGUUAUGCGUCCAGACCUCGGUAUGCUGCAGUCCAAACCCCACCAACCCCACUGGUGGUCAACUGCACUAACAACAGUCCUGCAGCAGGUACCACAAGCACCGUACCACCACCAUCGCCACCGCCACCACCACCGCCACCGCCUCCACCACCAUUCCUAACCAACAUCGCCAUUGGAAAACAGAUGUUCGCAUCAUCUCAGCUGUCCAGUGAUUACGCCCCCGACAAUGCUAACGACGGAGUCGUACCCCCCCAAGGCAGCAAUGUUAGCACCUUCAUCAGCGCAAACGGCACGGGAGAAUGGAUGGCUAUUGACUUUGGUGAAGUUAUGACCGUCUCCAGCAUAACCCUCUACCUCCGGAGAGACUGCUGUGGUGCUGAGCUCGUGAACCCUGAGUUCAGGCUAGGCGGCUUUAAUGUGUCGUACAUUCCUUCGUACAUCAAUUACAACUUCUGGUUAGAUAGCACACCAGCCGGCCCUGGCGAAACAGGCGGCACAAUAUCAUUUUCUGUUAAUCCACCCAGUAACGGCCGCUUUCUUACAGUUCAAAACAAAAACGCGGGAUCCACGAAAUCGAUGAACUUGGCAGUGGCAGAACUACAAGUGUACGGCAUGCCCGCAGCCUGCACACUCCAGGUAAUGCAGAAUGCCGGGUACGGCAACGAUUCCGCUGCCCUUUCUAACAGCAGCCAGCCCAAUGAGGCGGCUUGUUGUCAGGCCUGCUACAGCAGCCCUACCUGCCUCUACUGGGACUAUGUUCGCAGUAGUCAAAUGUGCCGCCUUAAGGGCGCCCAGGAGUUGAAUAUCCUACCGGGACAGCCGAUACGAGGAUUUUACCGGGAUUGGAACCGGGUGGCGGGUGCAAAAAGAGUUGGCGAGGGUCAACUGUUUGUAAAUGGAGAUGAACUUUUAAUAUACACACGCAGUAGCGGAGGUUGGAACAAGACAUACACUUCUGUCAACCUGGUGGCAGCAGGCAGUACGCAAUGUAACCAAUAUUUUGGAUACACCUCCAAGCCUGAUGAGGACCGUAACGGUUCCGAUAUUGGAAAUUUUGGGCCCAUCGCGCUGGCCACGUGCAACAGCAGGCUUGACUGCAAGGCCUUCAACACAAACGGCUGGGUAAAGACGAGUGCCGACCCCUUGACACCGGCCCCAGGGUCGUGUUUGUACGUGAAGGACAGUGGCGUCAGGCUUGAAUUCCUCACGCGCCUGGCCUUCAACAAUGUCACAAACCUUCGAUUGGAUUGGACGAUCCCAGUCCUGUCUCAGCUGCGGAAACUGGAGAUUGUAAACACCACAGGCAAGUCAAAAAACCGUUUUUUGGCUAGGGACAUGAAUGUAACAUUUGCAUACAUGUACAUCUCUAUGUAUGCGUACAACCAGCUAAGCUAUAUAUACUUAUGUACGUUGGCUCCAGAUCUCAACCUGGCCGACCUCUUCACGCUGACCAGGCUGGACACCUUGAAGAUCACGGGAUUUGGGCUUAACGGUUCUAUCCCCCCACAAUUAUCUGCAUUUACUGGUCUCUCUCACCUACAACUAUCAAACAACAAUUUGCAAGGCUCGCUGCCCAAGGAAGUGACCUCACUGUAUCUCCUGUCUAAGCUGUAA